AUGGCUUUCUCAAAGUCUAUCAUCCUUGCCGCUCUCCUGGCCUACGCCGAGGCCCGAUUCGGUCAAGAGCAGGAGCCUGUUGCUGCUGUCCAGGCACUUGGUGAUGCUGGAUUCGGUGACCCUGGUGUCGCUGCCACUAUUGCUGGCAGCAUCCCUGGCGCUCUGCUCGCAGCUGCUAGCCCUUGUGACAAGCUCACUAUCGCCGAUCAGAUGAUCACCGAGUUGGGAACUGACCAGCAAGUUCUCGACGCAGCUAUUGGUCUUGUUGCAGCUGAGACCAACUUCAACCCUUCAGCUGUUGACAGACCUUUCGUCUGCGCUGACCCCAGCCUACCAGCCACCGCUGCCCUUCGCGGCAUUGUCCCUCUCGUUGACCCUGCUGUUGACGGUGCAGCCACUGAGAAUGCCAACUCGGCAACCUCAGUCACAACUCCUUUCGAUGCUGCUGGCCUAUCACAGGCUGAGGUGAUGAUCGCUCAGGGAUUCAGCACCUUCACAGCCGUUGGUGCUAACGGAGACCAAGUCCAGCUUGACGGCCAAGACGGCGCUGCCGCUGGUGGUGCCGGUCAAGACGAUGGCCAAGAUGACGGCACCGGUGCUGGUGCUGGUGCUGGUGCUGGUGCUGGUAACGGUGCUGAUGCCGGCGCCGGUGCGGAUGCUGGUGCUGGUGCUGGUAAUGGAGGAGCUGCCAACAAUGGCACUGCUCCCGCUGAUGGCCAGCAGGGCAACAAUGGCUCGGAUAACGCCCAGGAUGGAAACAACGCAAAUGACGAUGAGGAUUGCGAAGAGGAUGAUAACAACAACAACGGCAAUAACAACAAUAACGGAAACAAUGGUAACAACAACAACAAUGGCAAUGCUAACAACGGUAACAACGGAAAUGGAAACCAGAACAACCAGGGCGGAAACAAUGGCAAUGCUAACAACGGUAAUAAUGGAAACAACAACAACGGUAACGGCAACGGCAACGGCAACAACGGAAAUGGAAACCAGAACAACCAGGGCGGAAACAAUGGCAACAACGACAAUGCUCAGGAUGGCCAGGAUGAUGCUGCAGAUGACAACAAUGCUGGAAAUGGUGCCGGUAACGGUGGAAACGCUGGCGGUAAUGCUGGCGGUAAUGCUGGUGCUCUCGACUUCGGUGUCUGCCAGCCUACAAUGGCUCGCGUUGGUGGCCUCAAUGGUCGCCCAGCUGACGAGUUCACCUUCAUUCCCCAGGAUCCUCUCAUCGCUGAAGGCCAGCAGGAGGCUCUCAACCCCAACAUCAUUACCAACCGUAUCUGUGAUCAGCUCACCAACGUGUGUGACGCUAGUGCCGAUGCUGUGGCUGCUUGUGAGGAUGCUCAGGCUCAGAUUGAGGCUUUGGGAACACGGGAUCAAAGCACCGCUGACACAUGGAACGCCCUGCUUGGCUUCGACGGUGUUGAUUCUACUCAGCAGCAGGUUUGAGAAGGGGCUGUGAGAGAUGAUCGAUCGAUGGGUGCAUGCUGGUCAUGGGGGGUGGAAUAGGGGGCUCGAGUUGAGCAAACAUAUCCGAGUAGUACUUCAGCGUUGAUUUAAUACGAACUCGA